UAAUUUAGAGUCUUGGUAAUAAACAUUUUGCUAGGUAAAAGCAAUAUGAGGAUUGUAGUUUAUCUGCUGUUUUUGGCUGGAUGUUGCGCAGAAAAGAGGCUGUCAGAAAGCAAUGGGCCAUUCCACCUAAUGCUGUCUACUUUGAGGAAGUGUUUCUACGGUCAGAACCUGGACAUACAACCAGAAGCCAUCCGUAUAAACUUCAAUGACUACGCCAACGGUUACACAGCGUCCUACCCCAUCAACGACGCAGCAGACGGCAUCCUGAAAUAUAAAGAUUUGGAUAAAACCAACAAAUUCGUCAUCUUCGUGCCAGGAUUCACUUCGAGAAUAACCAUGAAAACUCGGCAAAUGAUAAAGGAAAGUUUCAAAGAUCCCGGCACUUAUAUGAUAGUCCUAAACGAUCGUGUAUACACAAAUGCCUUACCAAAUCUACUGACAGCCUACCAGAGGUCAGUUCUCUACACCUACCAUAUCGGCAAAGCGCUGGCCGAAAUGCUGAUAACAUUAAUGGAGAAUGGAGUAUCACCUAAGAAUAUGCACCUGAUUGGGCACAGUUUAGGCGCCCAUAUUUCUGGCAACACCGGUAACAUAUUCUACGAGAAGACCGGCCAGAAAAUUGCCAGGAUCACUGGCUUGGAUCCCGCUGGUCCCUGCUUCUACGACUCAAAAUACCACCUCAAAUCCGGUUCAGCGGACUUCGUGGAUGCCUACCACUGCAACGCCUACCAGUUGGGCACGGAUAAGAACAUAGCUGACGUCAAUUUCUACGUCAACGAUGGCGUCAGUCAGCCCAAAUGUGGUGCUCCUCCUAUUCCCGAUAUCACACUGUCCUCCAUGGCGUCGUUGUGCAGUCACAUGGCCUGUCAGAACUUCUUCUUCCUGACAGUGAGUCAGCCGAAUUUGUUCCCAGCGUACAAGUGCGACUCAUACAAGAAUUUCCAAAAUGGCGGAUGCAGGAGUGACAAAACAGUAGCGGGAUACUCGACUCCUGACGACGUUCGUGGAGUCUACUAUACGUCUACUGGCGGACAAGCUAUCAAUUGACUUUGAUGUUUAUGAAUCAUUAUAGAAAUUGUUUCAUGGGCAGACCGCGGACCUCUAUAAUCUGAUUCGGUUAUAUCAAGCCCAGCUGACAGUUAUCGGCUAGCGUUGACUGGACAUAAUCCGACCUGAUAACGAAGGUCUGCCGUCUGCCUAUAGAUCAAUUUCCCUGAUGGUACUUUGAAAAAUCAAACGUUCUUAUGAAUAACCCAAUAAAACUUUUAUCGUGCAUUA